GUGAUACUCAAUCAGAAUUAAAUAAGAAAUAUUUGAAGUAUCUCCGUUAUAUUCAAUCUGUCUCCCACGAUAAGCAACUGCGUCUGCCAGCGAAGCUUACAGCUUGAGAUUGUAUUUUAGUUCCAGUUUCCUUCUCAGAGUUUCAUGCCCAAGUCAACCUAACCUUGUCAGAAUAAACACAAGACAUUCACUAAGAUUUGAGUAAAGGGUCCGUGUCAGUUUUUGUGGUUGUUGAUUCUUGAAAUUCUUCACACACACACUGAUGGGAAAGGGAGGAGGCUGUGUUCCAAGCAAAAAGAAAGCACCUUUGGGUGUAUCUAAGCAAGAUGCACCAGAUGUAGUUAGUGAGAGAUCAAUCACUGUUGAGGAGCAAAGCCAAGUUUCUGAUGCAAGACCUCAAAUUCAAGAUGAGGUUUUGGUGCAAACAAUCAAGAAAUUGAGGGUUUUUAUAGUGUUUUAUUCAAUGUAUGGACAUGUGGAAAGUCUUGCAAAGAGGAUGAAGAAAGGGGUGGAUGGGAUUGAUGGAGUUGAAGGGGUUUUGUAUCGGGUUCCGGAAACUAUGUCACAUGAGGUUUUGGAGCAAAUGAAGGUGCCCCCGAAGGGGAAUGAGAUUCCAGUGAUAUCUGUUGAUGAUCUGGUGGAGGCUGAUGGUUUUUUGUUUGGUUUUCCGACUAGGUUUGGUAGUAUGGCUUCCCAAAUGAAGGCAUUUUUUGAUUCGACUGGGAAGUUGUGGAAUGAGCAGAAGCUUGCUGGUGUGCCUGCUGGCUUUUUUGUGAGUACCGGCACGCAAGGAGGUGGACAAGAAACCACAGCUUGGACAGCGAUCACACAAUUAGUCCAUCACGGAAUGCUGUAUGUUCCAGUAGGGUAUACAUUUGGAGCCGGAAUGUUUAACAUGGAAACUGUGAGAGGAGGUUCACCUUACGGCGCUGGAGCUUACUCAGGUGAUGGCACAAGACAACCAAGUGAUACAGAGCUUGCUUUAGCAGAGCACCAAGGCAAGUACAUGGCGAUGAUAGUCAAGAGACUUGUUCAGCCAAAAUCUACGGAAUGAAACCAUAGAUCCAGCUAGUUAAUAUCAACACCACCUAUACAGCUCUCUAUUCAUUUGCAGAUAUGGUUUUGUUUGUAUGUAUGAUUUGUAACAUUUUUGCUGUUAGAUUUAAAACCCAGAGCCACCCAAUUCUUGUCAUAUGAUAUUUGAUUGAUUGUUGAGAAUAUUGUACAAGUGUCACUGAUUUGUCAAACAAUAAAUGUUUGCUUUAUUUUCGA